CUCUCUCUCUCUCUCUCUCUCUCUCUCGCUCAGGUUUUAGAUUAAGCUCGUAUUUUUUUUUUUUUUUUUUAUUUUCGGACACACAUGAAGCCAUGCCACACAUUCUCGAAUUACCCUGGGCACCUGUUAACGCCCACCGCGCCGCCACCACCACAACAAACAAACCCCCAUCACCAUCAUCACACACGCACGCGCACACACACACUUACACACACACACACACACACACACACACACCCCACAGUCACAACUGAAUGACGGCAGGUCGCCAUGGAAACUGCGUUACGCUCCGGGCGGUCGGGGGGAGAAAACAAGAGCGCGAGGACUCGUUUCGCUCCUCCAUUUCAGCACCACGCGCCCCCUGGACAGCGCCCGGAUGAACCCGCGCACAGACUCCAGCCUCGUGUGCCUCGCAAGGGACAGAGCCGCGUCAGCACCGAGUCCAGCCGGAGAGGACGGGGACCCCAGGAGACGCACGGACGCCGCGGUGCCGGAGCUCGGCGCACACUUGGGCUUUUAGUUCAAGCCGAGGAGCCCAUCGGUCGCUCCCGACGCAAAUGCCACAGCAACAGGGCAGCAGCAUGUCUGAAACCAAAUCCAGCCAGCGCUUCCACAGUCUGGACGCCGAGCAGGUGGAGGUUCUCCAUCAGGUUCUGUCCGAGGUGGUUCCAAUCCACGGACGCGGGAACUUUCCCACGCUGGAGCUGCGUCCUCGAGACAUCAUCAUAGCCGUGCGGGCCAGGCUGCAGAAGCAGGGAAUCACCGUGAGGGAUGUCCGCCUGAACGGCUCCACGGCCAGCCACGUCCUCGUCCGGGACAACGGAACAAGUUACAAAGACCUGGACAUCAUCUUUGGAGUGGAGCUGCCCAAUCAGGAGGAGUUCCAGGUAAUCAAGGAGUCAGUGCUGGGCUGCUUGCUGGACUGCCUACCUGCCGGAGUCAACAGAGAGCGGAUAAGCAGCGCAACCAUGAAGGAGGCCUAUGUCCAGAAAAUGGUCAAGGUCUUCAACGAGCACGACCGCUGGAGCCUCAUCUCCCUCUCGAACAACAGCGGCAAAAAUCUGGAGCUCAAGUUUGUGAGUGCGCUGAGGAGGCAGUUCGAGUUCAGCGUCGACUCCUUCCAGAUCAUUCUGGAUCGCCUCCUGGCGUCCUACAUGCAGCAGGAGUCACGGCACAAAAAUGAUCUCAAGGAGCAACCUGCAGAUAAUCAGAAUAAAGACUCUGUGCUCAAACAGGCCACUGCUCCAGAAAGAGAGAAGUCCACUGGUGGAGACUCAUCCGGCAAAGAGGGGACUCAGGUCAGCCAGACGCAGCAGAGAGAUGAGGUGCAUGAGAAGGAGUCGCAGACAGACCUCUUACAACCAACUGAAAACCCAAUUCAGAUAACAAGCCCCCGAGUGGAAGAAGACAAAAUAGAGGAAACACCUGCAGAGCUGAAGGAAGUGUCAGAGCAGCGAGAGAACCUAAAUGACAAAGACUUCCCUGACCAGACAUCCUUGAACCCUUUGUCAGAAAAGGGAAAAACCUCUGACCAAACCAAAACACCAGCUCAGGUUGAACUCAGACACGAGUCAGAGCUCUCAGAUGAGACAAAAUGCUCGACGAAGGUAGAACAGUCAGAGCAAACCCAGUCCUGUGACGGCCAACAACCAGCACAUUCAGAUCACGAGGAACUCUCUGUCCAGAGAGAACCGUGUGACUGCAGAACACCCCCUGACGAACAGAAUGAUCUCACAGAGCAGAUGGAGCAAUUGGAGUUGCCAAUUACCUCAAACAAUACCCAGGCAGAGUCUUUCGACCUGGCCGAAGACGCACACACAACAGAGCACUCUGAUAAAUCCGACUUCUCUGGGUGUUCCGGAGAGGAUCAGACAAUCGAUGCGAUAGACGACAAAACACAUGUGUCUGUUCCAGACACGACCGCAUCUCCGCAUGCAGAGGACGAGACGCAGUUAGCAGAUGAAAUAAACGUAGAAACAGAGACAGGGGAGGAAGUACCAGCAGAAGAGACGAAAAACGACUCAGAGGCGAGUGAAAUGACAGAAGAGUUUUUGGCACCAGAAGCCAAAAGCAUAGAAAUCACACAGGAUGUUGAUUGUUCCUGCUCCGUCUCUUCCACAUCUCUUGCAUUUCCCAGCACACAGCCUACUGGCACACAGGAUACACUGGAGAUUCUCGGCACAGUGCACUCAGAUGACUCAGAAAAAACACCUAACACACUUGAUCUUGAUGCCGUCAGCCCUCCAGAUACUCAGGAUAUUGUACCUGCACCGCCCAGCCUUGUCUCCGACAAAAAGACCUCCUCGUCUCCCUCCUGUAAGGCCUCAGAGAGACUUUCUCACAUGGUGGUGCUCAAACACUCCUCUCCCAAACCCCCGCGGCGGAUGUGUAGGAAGGCUACCCCCGGUCCUUACCCCAGUCCAGUGUCUGAAAGUGAACCUAUCGCAGCAGCCUGUGUAGAUCCAAACCCUUGUCCCAGCCCUGAACCUGAGAUGGGCUUUAGCCAAGAGCCAACAGCUCCCACUUCAGACCCCACGGGUACCACGACGACCAGUAGCUCUCCUAAAACAAACCCUUGGCCCGAACCCAACCUUUCCACUUACCCGGCUUCAGACCAAGACUUUACCUCCUCCCCAGAUCCAGCCCCUGAUAUAAUCUCCGCUUCUGCUGUUGAUCCUGGGUCUUUACCUCGAGAGCACUUGUCCUCUCAGCUAAUCACAGAGGGCUCGUGUGACACAAGUGUUCAGAGUUUGAAAGAGACACCGUCGGCACAUGUGGCUUUUGAUGAGCAAAGCCAGUCCUCGCCUGGAGAAACGGCCUCGACACCCAAGCAGCCAGAGACUCUGGACUCGGCGGGCGCAGCAGUUUCACACACUGAUACGUCCCAACGGCCGGACACCCAGGAACCUGCACACACCUCAGACGCUGAGCGCAGUGAUGACGGUGAAAACGGAGAGCAGCAGACCACAACGCUGGACCCGAAUCAACCCAGCAGCAGCCCACAAGAGGCCGCACUCAGUUCUCCCUGCCCUUCCCACUGUGUCAACCCCCCCAUUUCCUGUCUCACCCCUCCCGUACUCAGCCUCUCCCCUCCCUGCUUCUCGCCCUCACCCUCGCCCCCCAGCCUCAGCCUCAGCCCUCCCCCAUGUCUGACCCCUCCCUCUCAUUGCCUCUCAUCACUGUUGCCGAGCUCCGUCAGCCUCGCCACCAGCUCCGGCUCCCCGCCCCUGAGCUCCAGCCCAACCUCUUCCUGCCUCAGCUCACCUCCAUACCUCACUCCUCCGAUGCUCAGCCUUAGCCCUCCUCCACUCUGUCUCACCCCACCUUCCCCCAGCCUCAGCCCUCCCCUCCUCUGCCUCACUCCGCCGGUGGAGUCGGAGGACCUUGUACCUCAGGUAUCUCCAGACAUGGAGCCUUUGAUAUCGAACACAGACAGCGAGGAACAGAUUAAAGUAUCAUCCCCUCAGCCACAAGUUAGUCUCCUACAGCUGGAGGAUAAAAAGGAGCAAGAUUAUAUCUCGCCGUUGCCUCCCGUCGAAGAGCCCGUCUCUUUUCCAAUCACAAUCCCGAGCUCCACCUCGCAUGUGCUGCCUCACUCUCAGUCUGGAGGCCCCGGGGAACCUGCCCCUCCAAAAGCUGAUGAGGCAUCCAGCUCUGUGCCUGAGAACAAAAAGGCCCCUGAGGUAAUCGCAGACAUGCCUGAACAGAGCAGUGCUCCUUGGGCGUCUGGCUCAGUCCCUGCUGUUGAGGUCCUGGCAGAGAGCAUGUACGGUGACUUUGAGGCAGCCAUGGACCACCUGCGCUACCGCCUAAUCGCUACCAGGAACCCCGAGGAGAUUCGAGGUGGAGGUCUGUUGAAAUACAGCAACCUGUUGGUCCGGGACUACCGACCAGCCAGCGAGACUCAGAUCAAGACACUGGAGCGCUACAUGUGCUCGCGCUUUUUCAUCGACUUCCCCGACGUGCAGGAGCAGCAGAGGAAGAUCCUGUCCUACUUGAAGAACCACUUCAUCGGCGAGGAAAGGAGCAAGUACCAGUACCUGAUGACACUGCGUCGCGUGGUGGACGACAGCACAGUGUGUCUGAUGGGACACGAGAGGCGUCAGACGCUGAACAUGAUCACAGUGCUGGCACUGAAGGUUCUUGGCGAGCAGAACAUUAUUCCCAACACAGACCACGUGACAUGCUUCUACCAGCCCGCCCCGUACCUCGCAGAGCACAGUGCCCCCUAUCUAGCGGAACCCAGCUACUGCAGCUACUACAUACCCCAAGGGGCAUCCACUCUUCUUUACCAACCUUACCCCUUACACCUGCACUCACAGACUGGACUAGUCUAGAAACACACACUGACCCGCAAACACACACUAUGAUACAAAUGACACACUAUUGAGCAAAGGGUGGGUGCUGAAGAAUGGAAAUAUAUCCAGGGAUCAACUGUUUGGUCUAUAAUAGACCUAUGUGGGUGGGAUUGAGUGGGUUUUUACAGUAAAGUCCCAGAGUUCUCUGUAAGGUUCUAACAUGAUUACAUGUAAUUAUCUGGGCUUUGUGGGAAAAUAAUAAUUCUUCCAAAAUUGUUAGAAUUCUAGAAAAUGCCGUAUGCACUGCAUGAGUCACAGCCCUUUGGUCUCCCUGGGAAACCAACUGUGCUGUUGACAUUCACACACGGAUACACACAUUCACACACACGCGCACGCACACACACACACACACAAACAUACGCACACAUAAAACACGUGCAAACACACUUCCAGGUUCUUGAAUUCUUAUAUACUCUUUUCAUGUUCUUACUGUGUUGUUCUUAAUGGCUUUGUUCAGAAUGUGGACCUUGCCUGUGGUUGAUAUUGUGCAUGGAUAAAUUAGGACUGUUCUCUCACUGCCAAAUACUGUGUGACUACUAUGCUUCUUAACCAAUUUAUUGUAACGUUGUUAUUCCUUUACUCAAGGGGGUGUAUUCUGAAAAAAAUACUGUGGGACAAGUCUACCGGUGUGUACGGUACUUUUAUCAAAAUGCACACAUGCAUGCAUAACAAAAAAAAAACACAAAUAGACUACUUACAUACAUACACAAACAAACAUACAGUAUACUGUAUGCACACAAAGUUACACAAUGCAUGAGUAGCUAAAUAUAUAGAUCACAUCCCGAAGUCAAAGCAAAGGCUUUUAAUAUAAUAAAAUCUAUCUAUUUUUGCAAGACUUUCCAAGAUAAUACUCAGUGGUAAACAGACUGGUUCGUUCCUCCAGAAAAAUGCCAACAACAAUGCCUUUUCAAUAGACUGUGCUGCGUAUUGAUUACGGUAUAUUGUGUGCAAAUACACUGCAUUGUUUCCAGGUCAAUUGUGUUGAGAUGUAGUGCUCGAUUUCUUUUCCUCGUGGAGUCUUUUUCUGUAAUCACGUGCAGUACUGUACCAUCUAGUGUUGAUUUAUUUAAUCCUAACGUUUACUCAAUGGAGGCGGUCAGGUUACAACCAUCUUUGGGUCAUCUCUAAACACGGCGGAUGUAUAUUUGUCCAAACUGAAGGAGUCACAUUUAAACUCGUACGACUCCUCUCAGCCUGAAUCAGCACCCUCCAAUUCACUUUCAAGUUCAAAUCCACACCAAACCUGUUUGAAUCUAAGUUGAGAGCCGUGCAACACAGCGACUAUGACCAAAGAUGGUUCGGUAGGGAAAUCAAGUGCCUCAAUGUGGGACAUCAUUGGCAUGUCUUUAUCUCACUGCACUGGGGGUGUUACUGGGGUGGGCUCGGGGUUGGGUCGGGUGUGUGUUCAGUUUUUGACCCCUGUUAUUGCUGCCUGUUUUGAUGUCUUCUUUAAUGUAGUCCUUUGUUGUAGUUUGUUCAUGUACAUUUUGAUAAAAUAAAGGGUGAACUCAA